AUGCAUGAACAACAUCGUUCUGAUCGAAGAAGUUCAACUUCGAAUUAUUAUCAACAUAAAAAACGAAAAGAAUCUGAUUUAAAAUUAAAUGAAUCAAAGAAAAAUUCUUCAUCAUUCUAUUUCGAUGAAAAACGAAAACAUCGAACAUCAUCUUCAUAUAUUGAUAAAAAAUCUUCUAAAUCUGAAUUUGAUGAUGCUCGAUUAUUUUGUGAUGAUUGUAAUAAAUUCUAUGAUAAUAUUUGUCCAUAUCAUAAACAAUCAUAUAUUCCUGACAAAAAAAUAUCAAAAUCAUCACUUAAACAUUCACAACGAUUAUCUGAUUUAACUUGUCCAGAUGGAAUUAUUAUAAAACCAUCAACUAUAUUGAAAGCAGGCAAAGGUGUAUUUGCAACAAAACGAUUUGAAAAAAAUACUUUCUUUGGACCUUAUACGGGUACACGACAUUCAAAUUUUAAGAGUGCACAAGAAUCAGGUUAUGCUUGGAGUAUUGCAGAUAAAUAUGGAAAGAUGAUUUAUAUUAUUGAUGGAUGUGAUCCAAAUAAUAGUAAUUGGAUGCGAUAUAUCAAUUGUCCUAAUACAGUUGAACAACAAAAUUUACAACCUAUUCAAUAUGAUCGAAAUAUGUUUUAUAAAGCGAUGAGAACAAUUCGUCCAGGAGAAGAAUUAUUUGUUUAUUAUGGAGAUGAUUAUGCUCGUUUUCUUGGUAUUAAACCAUUUAGUAUUGAUUCAAUGCAAACAAAUAUUGAUGAUAAUAACAAUGUCAACGAUGAUGAUUAA